AGCUCUUGUCGCUCUUGAACGGUGGACUAACUUUCUCGGAUAAAAGAGUUGACCGACGGUGCCACGUACAUAAUGAAGUGCCUGAUACGUGGCAACAAGUUACACAUGUCACUCUCUAAACAGAGAAAGAGAGGACACCAGGUGCCAUCCAGAGGUGGUGCUGCUAAAUGUCUUGCUCCAAGAAGGUUUCCAAGAUUACCUCAGAAGACAUUUGGUUGCAGAGAAACGGAAGAGAGAAAAAAUAUAAAUUAAUGGAUUCGCAAGCGCAGUUGCAACGUACUCAUGGUCACCAUCAAGCAGAGGAACAGAAUAGGAUUCACCAUCCAGAGGAAGAGGAGCAUCAUGAGAAAGGACCAGCAAAAGUUGUGAAGAAAGCCAAGGAAAAAGCAAAGAAGAUAAAGAAAGCUCUUACCAAACAUGGUCAUGGUCAUGAACAAGAACUCCACGGUGGUGCGCCAGCACGAGGAAAAGGUCACCACAUUUCGGACCCGGUGGAAGAAGAGUUCUUUCCGGACCCUAUGAAAGAGGAGAUAGUGCCUCCAGGCAAGAAGUUUGUUCCGGUCGUGUCCUCUUCCCACAGUACUAAACCGUCUGGCCGCGUAAAAGGAGCUGAAGCUUCGAUCUCCCGUGAUGGAUACGGGAAUAAGGUUAUAUCUAUGGUGACUCCAGUUUACGAGAAGGUCAAAGGGACAGGAGCUAUCGUGAUGAAGAAGCUUCCUUUCUCCGGGCACGGAACCGGUACAAAGAUGGAGAACCAGCAAGGACAAGACAAGGGCAUCUCAGCCAAAGAAUAUUUAACAGAGAAACUGAGUCCUGGAGAGGGAGAUAAGGCUUUGUCGGAGGUGGUCACCCAGAAACUUCAUCUCGGAGGUGACAAGAGUGGCUCUGUGCCUGUGCAGCAGAGAUUCCAAGAAUCUGGAAAUUGAGAUU